GGCAGGGUGAGGGAGGCUGUGUCUUCGUGCAUGCAUUUUGAUGCAUUUCUCUUUCUCCUUUCUUUUCUCUUUGCAUGCAAAAGCCUCUUCUUCUUUCCGAUCGGACCCGACUCGGUUUUCCGAUACCCGAAACGCCGACGACGGGUAUCUCCUCCGUAUCGGAUCAGGCACGUUCGUUGCUCGAAUUCCUGCUGCAAGCGAAGCGAAUAAGGAGCUGAAAUCAGACAUGGGUUUUCUUCAGAAGAUUGGGGAGGGGUUGAUUUGAAUCAUGGCGUCGAGGGCUUGCAUGAAUGCUGGGUGCGGGGCGACGGCUGCGAUUGAAUGGAAGAAGGGGUGGGGGCUGAGAUCUGGUGGAUUCGCGAAUCUCUGCGAUAAGUGCGGGUCUGCUUACGAGCAGUUAGUCUACUGUGACAUGUUUCACUCCAAAGAAUCUGGGUGGAGGGAAUGCAAUUCUUGCGGCAAGCGUCUUCAUUGUGGUUGUAUUGCAUCAAGGUCUUCACUAGAGCUACUUGAUAGUGGAGGAGUAGAAUGUAUUGGCUGUGUGAAGAAUUCAGACCUUUCUUCUAUUCCAAGUGACAUUCCAAAGGAAUCUAUGCAGCAAUCUGCUCACAAGGUGGAUUGUUUACCUGCAAAAAAUUUAACAGAUGAGAAGACGAAUGAACUUUGUACACCUACUUCAGGCAAUGUCUGUGAACCGCGAUCUACAUCUACGGAUACCAAAACGGAUGAUGAUGCUGUUGAUAAGGGCAAGCUGAUGCAGUUGGGCAAAAACAUCGAGGGCAAUGGACGGAAAGAUAGCAUGAAUGAGACUCUCGAGAGUAUCAAAAGAGAGCAGCCUGUGCUCCACCUCGGGGAAGUCGGGAGCACAAGCUUUUCGAAUGUAAAUCAAACGGCCGUAGUUGGGUCGUCUCAGAUUGCGAAGAGAGACGACAAUAAAGGAUCCGUGGCAGAUAAGGAGAUGUAUGACUCAUUGGCUCAUGCAUGCCUGGCUAUCACGUUAGGGACAUCUAACCCGGGCCACAUGGCGGAAGCAUGCUAUGCUUCAGGAGCACCGAAUCUCAUGCUGCCCCUUCAUGGGGUGACUGCUGAAGGAAGGGAACUGAGCAAGGCACUAUCUCCCUUUCAACAAGCGCAAAGGUCCCGACAUCUAUUGCCCAAGCCCCCGAAGACAAGCCCGACCACCGGUUCAGAGACAUCAAAGGAUGUGGUUUCCCAGAUGCGGGUGGCAAGGCCGCCUGGUGAAGGGAGGGGUCGUAAUCAGUUGCUUCCACGGUAUUGGCCAAGGAUUACAGACCAAGAACUGCAACAGAUAUCUGGAGAGUAUCCAUGUUCAAACUCUACGAUCGUGCCAUUGUUUGAGAAGGUUCUGAGUGCUAGUGAUGCGGGUCGAAUUGGUCGUUUGGUUCUCCCUAAAGCAUGUGCUGAAGCAUAUUUUCCUUCAAUUUCACAACCGGAAGGCCUUCCAUUAAAGAUUCAAGAUGCAAAGGGAAAAGACUGGGUUUUUCAGUUCAGAUUUUGGCCUAAUAACAACAGCAGAAUGUACGUCUUAGAGGGUGUAACUCCAUGCAUACAGUCUAUGCAAUUACAAGCUGGUGAUACAGUAACGUUCAGUCGCAUAGACCCUGAAGGAAAACUUGUAAUGGGAUUUCGAAAGGCGUCAAACUCCAUGGCCAUGCAGGAUACACAAGCUUCUGCCAUUGCUAAUGGUGUGCUUUCGAAGGAAAAUUUCUACUCAGGUGUUAUUGAGAACCUACCCAUCCUAAGCAAUUACUCUGGCCUUCUUCAGUCACUAAAGGGAAGUGCGGAUCCCCACUUAAGUGCUUUCUCUGAGCAUCUAAAUUCAUCAGAGGCGGAUAUUGGCUGGCUUAAAGCCGAGAAACAUGGAGGCAGGGUUAGUGACGGCUUUCUAGUUCCGGAGAGAAAAAGAACCCGUAACAUUGGUUCAAAAAGCAAGAGGCUGCAUAUGGAUGCUGAAGAUGCAUUGGAGCUGAAACUCACAUGGGAAGAGGCACAGGACUUGCUUCGGCCGCCUCCAAGUGUCAAACCUAGUAUUGUUGUGAUUGAAGACCAUGAAUUUGAAGAAUAUGAAGAGCCUCCAGUAUUUGGAAAGAGAACUAUUUUCACUGCACGUCCAUCUGGGGGUCAGGAUCAAUGGGCUCAAUGUGAUAAUUGCUACAAGUGGCGCAGAUUGCCUGUCGAUGUUCUUCUCCCCCCAAAGUGGACAUGCGCCGACAAUUCAUGGGACCCAAGAAGAUCUUCAUGUUCCGUGCCAGAUGAAUUGAGUCCAAAAGAAUCGGAAAAUCUCCUCAGGCUGAAUAAAGAUUUCAAAAGGCGGAGAAUGGCUGCAAGUUGCAAACCAACUCCAGAGCUCGAGCCGUCCGGCCUUGACGCAUUGGCCACUGCUGCGGUCCUUGGUGAUGAUGGAAACCCUGCUGUGCCAUCGAUUGCGACCACCACCAAGCAUCCCCGCCACCGCCCUGGCUGCACGUGCAUUGUGUGCAUCCAGCCACCCAGCGGCAAGGGCCCCAAGCACAAGCCCACGUGCACGUGCAACGUCUGCAUGACUGUGAAGCGCCGGUUCAAGACCCUCAUGAUGCGGAAGAAGAAGCGCCAGUCAGAACGGGAAGCCGAGACCGCCCAAAAGAAGCAUGGAUGGAGCAAGGACGACCUUGAGGUGGACAGUGCCCUGCGGCGUCUGUUGCCCCAUGACCCCACUGAGCGUGACCCCAUGCAAUCGAAUGACUUGGAGCCCGGCAACCAGGCCAAGAUUCUGACUGAAGGCAAGGGCCAUAUAGACCUGAACUGCCACCCUGACCGUGAGGAUGACCCGCAGGCUGGCCUGCCCCGUAUGAGCAUGAUGAGUCUACUUCAGGUGGCGAGCCUUCCCUUGGAGACGUACCUGAAGCAGAACGGGCUGACGAGCUUGGUGUGUGAGCAGCAGGCGAGCUCGAGCUCGCAUGCUUUGCCACAGGCCACGGCAGGGGAGAGUGAGGGGCGGCCACCAGACGAGGGGUACAUUGCUUCGGCGGUCCGUGAUCGGGAGAGCACUCGCGAUGAUGGGUUUUGUGCGGUGGCCGAUCAGGCCCGGAACGAUCACGUCUGAUUUUAUUUUCUUUUUCUUUGUUAUAAUGGGGUGGCUUGUAGGAUGUAUUUUUGUGUAAAUUAGUUAACUCUUUUUUU